GGACACCUGCUGCAGCUAGAGUCAAGGAAAAUCAAGCUGAUUAAAGAAAACACAGAGGAGACUCUGACUUGCAGGGAGAAGACUGAAUGUCCAAAUGAAUAAAAAGGAAAAGAUUAGAAGAGCUUUUUUUUCUUUCGGUGAAGUGCAUGUGCAGUCUGAAGCCUUGAGAACGGAGUAAAAGAGAGUGAAAGUCAAAUAGAUUGAAGAAAUGGGAUUUUUUUUUCCUCACACUGACCAGGGUAUGUCCAGGCAACAAAGUGAGAAUUAUAUGAGCACAAACUGAAUCAAACGGCAUCUUGGAUGAAGACAGCUGAUCCGAAUCAGCACAUCUAUCUACGCACCUCGCAGGAAGGAUCAGCACUUAUAAUCCAGCUUCCUUUCUCACAAGCGCAAUCUCUUAACCGGCACUCUCUGUCUUUCUUCACAAUUUUCCCCUCACUCCUUUUUUUCUGCUUUUCUUGGAGUGAUUUUAGAAGUGGAUCGAAGCAAUGCCUGUAAUGAAGGGGCUUCUGGCCCCCCAGAAUACUUUCCUGGACACUAUCGCCAAGCAUUUCGACGGCACUCACAGCAACUUCCUGCUGGGAAACGCACAAGGCUGUCGUGGUUAUCCUAUUGUCUACUGCUCUGAUGGCUUCUGUGAACUGACGGGCUUUGCCCGAACCGAGGUCAUGAAGAAGACGUGUACGUGUCGCUUUCUGCACGGUGAAGAAACAAGCGAGAGAGUAACACAACAAGUGCAGAAGACUUUGGAAGGCCAGAGAGAGUACCAGGCUGAAGUCCGUUACUAUAGGAAGAACGAAACUUCGUUCUGGUGUCUGCUGGAUGUUGUGCCUAUAAAAAAUGAGAAAGGAGAAGUGGUGCUGUUCCUCUUUUCCUUCAAAGACAUAACUGACUCGCACGGAAAGAUGCACCACUCCUCCAAGACGCAGGAAGAUGGAAAUCAGAACAGGAAGUCCGGCAGCUCUCAUCUCAGUCGUGCACGCGAGCGGGGGCAGAGCGUCCUGUACCACCUGACUAGUCAGUUCACCAAUAGAAACAAAGUGAAACUGGCAAACAAUGUUUUCCCGAAGCCCUCUCUCCCUGAAUAUAAAGUUGCAUCGGUCCAGAAGUCUCGCUUCAUCCUGCUUCAUUACAGUGUCUCUAAAGCAUUGUGGGACUGGUUAAUCCUUCUAGCGACAUUUUACGUGGCCGUCACCGUCCCAUACAACGUGUGCUUCUCCUCCCCCGAUGACAGUAACCACGACGACCCGGAGUGUGACUCCUCCUAUCGAAGCACUAUCGUCAGCGACAUAGCGGUGGAGAUGCUCUUCAUCCUCGAUAUCAUCUUGAAUUUCCGAACCACUUACGUUGGCCCGGCCGGUCAGGUGGUGUACGAUGGACGCUCCAUCUGUCUGCAUUAUUCCGCCACCUGGUUCAUCCUGGACCUCAUCGCUGCUCUGCCCUUUGACCUGCUCUAUGCCUUCAACAUCUCAGUGACCUCCUUAGUGCACCUGCUGAAGACGGUGCGUCUGCUGCGUUUGCUGCGUCUGCUGCAGAAGGUGGAUCGUUACUCGCAGUACAGCGCCGUGGUGCUCACACUCCUGAUGUCCGUAUUUGCUCUGCUUGCACAUUGGCUCGCUUGUGUCUGGUACGUCAUCGGACGCCAAGAGCUCAACAGCAACGACCCAGUUACCUGGGACAUUGGCUGGCUGCAGGAGCUGGGAAAGCGCUUGGAGACUCCUUACACAAACGGCACAUUUGGCGGGCCUUCCUUGCGCAGUGCCUACAUCGCCUCGCUCUACUUCACUCUUAGCAGUCUGACCAGUGUGGGUUUCGGCAACGUCUGUGCCAACACUGAUGCCGAGAAGAUCUUCUCCAUCUGCACCAUGCUCAUCGGGGCUUUGAUGCACGCUGUGGUGUUCGGCAACGUGACAGCCAUCAUUCAGCGCAUGUAUUCGCGUCGCUCCCUCUACCACACUCGCAUGAACGAUCUCAAGGACUUCGUCCGUGUGCAUCGCCUGCCUCAGCAGUUAAAGCAGCGUAUGUUGGAGUACUUCCAAACCACUUGGUCAGUCACCAAUGGCAUCAAUGCAAACGAGCUACUGCACGACUUCCCAGAUGAGUUACGGGCCGACAUCGCAAUGCACCUCAACAAGGACAUCCUGCAGCUGCCCCUCUUCUCCUCCGCCAGUAGAGGGUGCCUGCGCUCGCUCUCUCUGCACAUUAAGACUUCUUUCUGCGCUCCGGGGGAAUAUCUUAUUCGGCAUGGAGAUGCCCUACAUGCUCAUCAUUUUGUUUGCUCCGGAUCCCUAGAGGUGCUUAAGGAUGGGAUGGUGCUUGCCAUAUUGGGUAAGGGAGAUCUGAUUGGAGCAGACCUGCCGGGGCGCGAUCAGGUGAUCAAGGCUAAUGCAGAUGUAAAAGCUCUGACCUAUUGCGACUUGCAAUACAUCAGUAUCAGAGCACUUCGUGAGGUCCUCGAGCUCUACCCCGAAUACGGCAACCGCUUCAACGAGGACAUUCAUCACAACCUCACAUACAACCUCCGAGAGGGUCAGACUCGAUUUCCUCGCUCUCCGAGAAUUUCACAGGGUCGUUCCGAAUCCCUCCUUACUCCUGAGCCAAAACUACCCUUUAUCAUCGAGGCAGAGGAAGAGGACGAUCCAGGACAGGAAGUUGGCAGGCAGCCUUUGCUCUCCAGCAUGGAAGGGAACUCAAACCAUUCUGCCCUGAGUGCCAUGUUAGGGGAAGAGCUACGGAAUUUCAACAUGCUCCGCCUCUGCCGCUCUCCAAACCAAGGCUACAGAGGACAGAGCCCCUCCCCAAACCCGUCAUCCAACGAGGAGCUGUGUCCACCUGUGAUCAACAUGGACCCUGUCAACCGCCCGGCCAAGCUGCUCAUUCCCUCGCUUACAUGCGUCAGUCCAUUAGAUCUGAGUCCCAGGGUUGUGGAUGGUAUUGAGGACAAUGAACCGGCAUUUCACUUCAACGUGGAGCCCAGUGAGGUCACAUCGAAUCGAAGAGGGAAGGAUCCAUUUCAGGUCAAUGCCAAUCUUUUACUUGAAACGGAAGAAGUUAGACAAAGCAUCUCCCAACUCAAUACAGAGAUGAACUGCUUAAACCAAGAAGUGUCCAAUCUGGCCAAAGGUCUGCAUGAGAUGAUGCACUUCCUUCAUACCCAUUUGACCCUUCAGCAUUUCCCUUCUGCCCUUUCACCAUAUUCCUCUUUUAACCUCCACGCACAAACCAGCAACACCAGCCUAACAGCAUCUGCCUCUGACUGGCCCCCUCGGAUGUCUUUAAACAUGGCCACAACUCCCAGCUGUGGCUGCGGAAGAGGCUCUGUCCUGGGACAGGAAGUGGAAAUGGAGCAUCUUCAUCCACCUCCCAGUCCUCCACAUAGCUCCUGCUCUCACCCUUUGUGCUGCCCUGAACAGGAAAGACUCUGCGCCGUGGGACUAGAGAGCCAGCCGAGCCCAUACCAGCCAUCCAGGACAACACCAAAUGCACAAUAUAUGGGCCACUCAGUGAGCCGUCCUGUGCCCUGUCUUCUCAGUUUGGCUCCAAGCAGGAUGGCUUCUCAGACAGUCUCUCCAAGCCAAGCUUUGUGUUCGCAUGGCAGCCACAGUCAGUCGCACCCCUCUCUAAGCCUGCAGACCACCCCUGACCUCACCUGCCAACGUUCCACACCUAUCCACAUCUCUCUUACACCAACUGGCCAAUCACAGCCCUUUACAGCUGUCAGUCCACUUCUGCAUGCUGGGAUUUGUAGCCCAAGCUCCUUACACUUGCCAACAGGGCCUAGACAGAAUGACCUGGUCGGGUCAAGCCCUGUUCACAUGCCUGAACACAUCCCGAAUCCCACUGCCGAAAUGACUGAUAUGGAGAGUUUGGGUCCUGCAGGGGUCUAAACCACAGUACUUACUAUAUUUCCUUCACAAAUUUUUCAAUGUAAAGACUCACUGCAUGCCAGUUCCUCCAAAAAAAAAAAAAAAAAAAAGCAGUGGUGUUGCAAAGAGUUUACAGCCUGCCCAGAAAUGUGCUUCUUCUUCUUUCUUUUUUUCUUUUUUUUUGCCUUUGCGUUCACACUAUUACCUCAUGAUCUCCAUCACAGCUAGCUUCACCAAAGAACAAGUGCUACUUGGCCUUUUAAACAAAACGAGACACGAAUGUUUAAAUGAUGACAUGUAUAGGAUACAAACACAAUAGAAAUUUAAUUAGAUAUUCUUUUGAUUGCAAAGUAUGUGAAGAGAGAUUUGUAUGCCAAACAAACCAAAACCAAAAUCAUUGCCAAAAGCAUGGCAUGAAGAGGAUGUUUCCAGUACAUUUCUAGUCCCUGAGAAAGAUUCACCUUUUAUUAGUAAAAUUUUUUAGUCUAGUCCACUUGAAGGCUCCUUCCACCAAGAGGCUCUAGGUUGUCAGUGUCAAUGCAUCCCAGUAGUGUUACCUGUCAAAGGGAACAGAAAAAUGCCAGGGUUUGGGUUUUUUAGAGGCUGUUUUUCUGAUUUUUUUAAGACAAUGACUGAACUAGUUUUUCUCUAGUUUUCCAGGUCAAAGCACUAUUUCUACCAAAAGGUUUGGUUCUGAUGAGUAUUCCAGGUAAACAUUGAUUCAGGGCAUCCAUGCUGCAUCACUGAGAAACAAAAUAAGUGAUUAUCAGCAACAAUAACACGAUUAUGUACAUAGUAAAUGAGUACCCAUAUUAAGGACUGGUAGCUCAGUGGUUAAGGCAUUGAACUCUGGAUUGUAACGUCAAAAAUUCUAAGCCAAGCACUACCACUGAUGGGCCCUUGCGCAAGGACAUUAAACCUCAACUGCUCAGUUGUAAGUCGCUCUUGAUAAGGGCAUCUGCCAAAUGCUAAAAUGUAAAUGUAAAUAUUAAUGUCCCAGAUCUCUCAAAGGGGCCUGAACUCAUUCCAGGUGGGAAAAAAGACCAACGAGUUAAGGAAUCCCUGGGAGUCCUCAUCUCACAUGAGUUCUCAUUUGUCUAAAAAGCUCACUCAUUAGUGUACAAAUGGCAGUGCCUGGGUAUUGCUGUAGGAAAGAGGAGUAAUGUGAAAUGUGCAUGCAAUGUGCCCCACAUAGAAAGGGGAGGUAAAGCUGUUUCUUGAUGCAUGAGCUCAAAUAUACUGAAUGUAAAACUUUACCAAGUGUCUUAGAUAAAAACAUCUUAAAAGCAUUUUGGCCCUGAAUAAGUCUAAUAGCAAAAGUAUUAAACACCAUUUAAAAGUAGGUUACAUGAAAUUAGGAUAACAUUUAGGAGCACUUUGCAAAUAGGACACCAAGGUCAUUCUAUUUGUAGUAACAACCCUUGUGAGCAAGAUUUACAAGUCAUUUAUGCACCUCUCUUCAUUUCUUCUUCUUCUUCUUCUUUUGGUUUCUCCCAUUAGGGGUCGCCACAGCGGAUCAUCCGUCUCCAUACUACUCUGUCCUCUACAUCUUCCUCUAUCAAACCAACAAC